AUGACACCUCGAGCUACCCUGACUGAGCGCGACUCGGACGGAAAGCCCGAGUCGCUCCUGGAACACGAGAAGACUCCAAGAGACUGGGCCGAUGAAGAAUCUCUGAAACGCCAUCUGACCUCCCGCCAAGUGCAGAUGAUUGCUGUUGGAGGCUCCAUCGGUACCGCGCUGUUCAUCACGAUCGGACGCGGAGUGAUGCAAGGGGCUGGUAGCUUGCUCGUUGGUUUUGUUCUUCAUGCGAUCAUUAUGGCCCAGAUCAACAAUUCGCUGGCUGAAAUGACCAUCUUCAUGCCCGUAAGUGCCGCCUUUAUCCAGCACGCCAGCACGUGGGUCGACCAGGCUUGGGGCUUCAUGAUAGGUUGGAACUUCUGCCUGUUCGAGGGCCUGUUGAUUCCGUUCGAGAUUACCGCACUCAAUAUGGUCUUGACAUACUGGCGCAAUGAUAUCCCGUCAGCUGCGGUAAUAUCGGUCACCAUCUUGCUAUACCUAAUAACCAACGCCUUCGCGGUGAAGUACUUCGGGGAAGCUGAGUUCUGGCUCUCCAGCGGCAAGCUCUUACUCAUCCUGAUUCUAUAUCUGUUUACCUUCGUCACCAUGGUAGGUGGCAAUCCCCAGCACGAUGCUUAUGGCUUUCGAAACUGGACACAACCGAGCCCUUUUGUGGAGCACAUAUCUUCGGGAAAUCUCGGGCGAUUUCAAGGGGUCCUUGUGGCCAUCUGGCAAGCGGCCUUUACCAUCGCCGGUCCGGAAUACCUGGCAGUCGUGGCGGGCGAGACGAAGGCGCCCCGGAAGACACUGGGUGCUGCAUUCAAAUCAGUCUACUGGCGGUUUGGCGCCUUUUUCAUUGGCGGCGCCCUCUGUGCGGGCAUUGUAUGCCCAGCAAAUGACCCGAAACUUCUGCAGUUGCUCGCUUCAGGCGAGACAAGCGGAGCGUCGUCACCCUUUGUGAUUGCCAUGAUAAAUAUGAAAAUUGAAGGCUUGCCACAUGUCAUUAAUGCGCUCUUCGUGACUACCAUCUACUCAGCCGGGGAUGCAUGCGUUUAUACCACCUCGCGCAGUUUGGUUGGCUUGGCAGAAAAUGGCCAUGCGCCACAGCUUUUGCGGAGAUGCACGAAGAAUGGAGUCCCAAUAUACGGGCUCAUGGCUGCGCUCGCUUUUGCUUGUCUGGCAUAUUUGCAACUUGGGAGCGGCUCUACUAUCAUUUUGAGCUGGUUAACAAACCUUAUCACGGGGGGAACGCUGAUAACAUAUAUAACCAUCUGUGUGAACUAUCUCUUCUUCUACCGGGCUCUCAACCGGCAGGGGUACGGCCGCUCGGAGCUACCGUACUGUGGGUGGUUUCAGCCCUGGGGCACCUGGAUUGCCCUAGCUUGGCUUGUUGGCGUGGAGGUUCUAUAUGGGUACGAGGUCUUCUUGAAGGGAACCUGGGACGUAGGGUCCUUUUUUAGCCAUUAUACCAUGGCAUUUCUCGCCGUUGCUACCUUCUGCGGCUGGAAAAUUGGGAAGCGCACUCGGUCUAUAGCACCAGAGGAGGCAGAUCUUGUCUGGGCCCGGCCAUCCAUCGAUCACCAUGAGUUGAUUUUGGACGACAAAGACGGCGACAACCUCUGGCAGUGGCUAAUGCAGAAGCUGAAAUUAUCUCAGUUGCAAGGAGAACCGAUUAAUCUGGGCCAAGUGUAA